AUGCGGGCUGCCUGCAAGCGCCCCCGGCCGCUCUCCUCGGGGCUGACAGAGGGCGCGCGGAGAUGGGCGCGGCCCAGACCGCGGCGGAGGACCGAGAAGUUCAAGUGCCCCCGGCUGCAACGAUUUCCGCUUGCUACCUUGGAUUGCAGCCAGCUGCCUGAGGCCCGCGCGGAGGAGCUGGCGGCCGUCCUCGGCGGCCUGGCCGUCCUGGACACCGACCACGGAUCAAUUCUCAUGGACGUCCCCGUCGAGCGGAAGCGGGCACUGGUGGCUGCCGUCAGCCGCGACUGCCGCCUCGACCGCGCCAUGGGGAUGGGCGUCGGCGACGGCGUCGGCCACAUGUUCGAGUUCAUGCCGUGCAGGGACAAGCCUGGCGACGCGUUCUUCGACCUCAGCACGAUGUCCUGCCACAACCAGCAGAACACCUUCCACCUGAAAAUGGGCCAGUGGACUGACGACGCGUCCAUGGGGCUCUGCAUCGCCGACUCCCUGAUUCUCAGGAAGUGCUACGAUGGCAGCGACAUCAGGCAGCGUUUCUGGAACUGGUGGAACCGAGGCUACAACAACGCCUUUCGGCUUCUUACGGGGCCCUGGUCUGGACACUCCGUCGGCCUCGGGGGCAACAUCUCGAAGUCCCUGUCGGACAUGGACCGCCUGCGGGCCGGCCGGAAGCCGUGCCCCGUCUUCCGGUCCAAGGGCGAGGACGCCGGGAAUGGCAGCCUCAUGCGGCUGGCCCCGGUGGCACUCUUCUUCCACUCUGUGCCGCACGAGACGGAGAUCGAGGUGGACGAGAACGGCCCGACCACGUGGAAGCAGAUGCGCCGGAUCGCCUGCGCACUGCUGGCCCACAUCAUCGUCUCCGCCCUCAGGCGGCCCUCGGGCGAGGCUGUGGAUCCCAAGGCGUUCCUCGAGAGCACGACAGCCGAGUAUGCCCGCCUCUCGGGCCUCGAUGCGAAGUGUGAGUCUGGCGACUGGCGGUACCGCCACGUGAGGUGGCUUGUUACUGGUCAUCCUGAACGUGGGCAGGAACGUUGCUGGGCCUGGAGGGAACCGUCUUUGGGACUCGAGGAGACCUUGAAGACGCGCGGCCAGCGGUACAACGGAUACCCUGUCUCGGCGGGUUAUUUUGGUUCUUACUCGCUGGAUGGGCUUGCGAUCGCACUCUGGGCCGUGUACCACACAGGAUCGUUCGACGAGGCAGUUGUCAAGGCGAUCAACGUCUUGGGCGACGCGGAUAGCUACGGCUCCAUAUGCGGACAGAUCGCGGGAGCGCUGUAUGGCCUUCAAAGGGUGCACCCGCAGUUCCGUAGUUGGCUGAACCGGUGGGAUGACCACGAGUUUGCUGUAAGAGCUGUGCUUCUUCACGAAUUGGGCUCCUCGCUGAAGUAG